AAAUUCUUACUAGGCAGACCUGCCUUUUGCCUGGAAUAUUAUUGAUCCAGAAUGCUGAUUCAGACUAGGAAGAAAUGAGGUUAUUUACUGGGGACAUAACUGCGAAAUAAAAUUCUUUUGAAACGCUUGAGCUAGUCUCUACAACGCGUUGAAGGAUGUAUGCUGCAUGUCAAGUACAAGCUAGCAUUCUAAAAACGGUUUUACAAAGGGUCUUUAGAGACUCGAGAUACGAUGUUUUACAUCUUGCUUAUAAUUAGCUAUAUUUCACAUAACAAGUGAGCAGGUGCUUCGGAAUAUUCCUUUAUUCCUGAAGGUUGAACUACAGGCAAGGCACGACCUUCUCACGCACUUCACAACGACAAAAUGACUGAAAAAAGUUGUAUUUUCUGAAUUCCUGAUGAUAGUUUCUAGCGGUUUAUUUGUAACUUUGGCUUCAGCUUCGAAAAAGUGAAUUAAUAAAGAAUAGAAAUACUUGCCAAAUCCCCGAAAAUUUGAUUCAACUCGUUUUCUUGUUUUUUCUGAAAAUGGUGAAACAACAGGAAACAAGAAAAGACAUGUUGAAUCCUAUACACAUUUGCCAUUGUCGGAUCGUAUAGAUCCGUUCUAUUUGCGACUGAUCUACAUAGGGUCAACAUGCACGGUAUUCUAUUAGACUCAGAAUCAAUUUCGUUCUAUAGAGCAACUACUGAACCUCAGCUCAUUCUGUAUGUGAGGAUUUUCGUUUUGAUGUUUUCUUCUCUUAUCUUUCUCGAGUGAUUGUCUAAUAAAUUCAUCGUAAAGUUAUAGAUACACAAUGUUAGAAUGAGUACCACUGUUGAGAUCUAUUCGAACAUGAGCAAGAAAGAAUAGCUCAAGAUGUCUUCGUCUUCUUAUAUACGAAUCUUGUAAGAGUGUGAUAAGAUUCUUACCUGGAUCUUAUAGGAUCAACAUGCACGGUAUUCUAUUAAACUCAGAAUCAAUUUCGUUCUAAUUUUAUUUUAGCUGGAAAACCGCGCACUGGAAGCCUUGAAGAACUGAUAAAACCCGUUGUACCACAUACAAUUAAACAAGUAGUAGACAUAUGUAAAGGUCAUAUUCAUAUUUUGUUUAAAGAACGUAAAGAUUUUCCAAACAAAAAUCCGCUUUUACAUAGUCAACUAGAUCGGGAGUUUUUUCAAAUAUCAGAAGAAGCUGAUGAAAAUGAAAAACGAUCUCAAUAUGCAUAUCGAUUAAUGUUAUAUGAUUUAUGUCAUGCGAUGUUAAAUGACAUUUAUACAUCAUAUAUACAACAAAGUCAAUAUCCAUGA